GGUACCAAAAUGAAACUUAGAACUAUAUAUGGUUGCUUACGGUUUUUAUCUUUAUUAAAAAAGGAAAAAAAAAAAAACUGGGUUGGUUGACCUUGAGCUAUCAGAAAUUUGCCAUUGGCUGAUUUUUUCUCCCAAGUUCUUCUUAUGAAACUCUGAUGUUGUUUUGUAACUUUUAUUGCGAGUCGCCGAACAUUCCCCUUCUUCCACCCGGCGUGCUUGUAUAGCAAGGAACAUUUUCAGUUCAGCAAGAGAAGCAAAGUCAUGAGGUGCUAUGAAAACAUUUCCUUCUCGAUUCGUCGUCUCUCUCUUCUACUUAUAAUUAUGUCCAUCUUUGAUUCAAAAGUUUUCACUCUUUCAACUUCUUGUCAAACCGAAUGUGGAAAUAUAAAGAUCCCAUACCCCUUUGGGAUUGGUAAAGGUUGCUAUCUCAACAAGUGGUACAAAAUCGAGUGCAAAAACGCUAGUUUUCCGUUUCUUUUCAAGAUGGGCAUGGAAGUUGUGAACAUCUCUCUUCCAGGUGACGAAUAUGGUUACUAUAAUUCUGGAUCAUUCGGAUCAAUUCGUGUCAAAAGCCGGAUAACAUCCGUUGGCUGUUCCGAAGAUGGAAAAGAAUCUGGAUCGGUUUUGAAUUUGACGGAUAGCCCUUUUUUCUUUGGGUUUAGAAACAGCCUUGUAGCGAUUGGUUGCAACAGCAAGGCCUCGUUGACUAACAUUGAGCCAAACAAGGUGGGAUGCGAGUUGAACUGCACUACAAGCAAAGAGAAGUUUCCUAGCAAAAGCAUCCCUUUUUUCGACAAAACCGGAUGUACUAGCAACGCGUUGCCUUAUACUUACACUCCGGUUUGUACAAAGAACAAAGGGGAAGAAGAAAGAAGCUGUGAUGGCAACGGAUGCUGUCGUUCAAGUCUACCCGGUGAUGAGGCUCAACAGGUGAUCGGUGUCAAAAUAGAGAGCUUUGAUCAUGGAAACACGACAAGCCGAGAAUGCAGAGUCGCUUUCUUAACAGAUGAAGUCUACACGUUAUCUAAUGCAACCGAACCAGAGAGGUUUUUUGCUAAAGGGUAUGCUAUAGUUAGAAUUGGAUGGGUCCUUCAGACAAAAAAUCUUUCAUUCCUAAACUCCCUAAGCUGCAAAAACACAGAAGAGUACGAUAAACUUACAUAUAAUAUGCAACUCAGAACAAGCUGCAGAUGCAACAAUAUCACCACUAAUGGGACCAAUUAUGCAAACUGUGGAUGCGCGAGAGGUUAUACAGGUAACCCAUACCGCAUUGGCGGAUGCGAAGAUAUUAAUGACUGCCUAAUACGCAAUCCCGAUGGCAGUCGCUGGCACUGUAGAGAAAGCGACACUUGCGUGAAUGUGCCUGGAAGUUUUUAUUGCGUGGGCGAUAAGACUGGAGCAGUAAUGAUAGGCGUAGGUGCAGGUUUAGGCAUCUUAGUCCUAGCAGGUGGAAUUUGGUGGCUGAGAAAGUUCCUUGAAAAGAGAAAGAUGAGUAAGAGGAAAAGAAAAUUCUUUGAACGUAAUGGGGGACUAUUGUUGCAACAACAACUACAUACAAGAGAAGGUAACGUCGAGAAGACAAGAAUAUUCACCUCGACAGAACUUGAAAAGGCCACUGAAAGCUUUAGCGAAAAUAGGAUACUUGGACAAGGUGGUCAGGGUACUGUAUACAAGGGAAUGCUUGUAGAUGGUAGAACUGUCGCUGUCAAGAAAUCCACAGUUGUAGAUGAAGACAAACUAGAGGAGUUCAUCAAUGAAGUCGUCAUUCUCUCUCAGAUUAACCAUAGACAUGUCGUCAAGCUUUUGGGAUGUUGUCUUGAAACAGAAGUUCCAAUUCUGGUUUACGAGUUUAUUGUCAAUGGUAACCUUUUCCAACAUAUCCAUGAAGAAUCUGAUGAUUACACGGUGAGUUGGGGAGUGCGCUUGCGCAUUGCCGUGGAUAUUGCUGGAGCUCUUUCGUAUUUGCAUUCUGCUGCAUGUUCUCCAAUUUAUCACAGAGAUAUAAAGUCAACAAACAUAUUACUAGACGAGAAGUAUCGAGCUAAAGUGUCUGAUUUUGGUACUUCAAGAUCAGUAACGGUAGAUCAUACUCACUGGACAACAAUUAUUUCAGGUACAGUAGGAUAUGUGGAUCCAGAGUACUACGGAUCCAGCCAAUAUACCGAUAAGAGUGAUGUUUAUAGCUUCGGGGUCAUCCUUGUUGAACUUAUUACAGGAGAGAAACCUGUAAUAACCCUUCCGAAUUCUCGGGAAAUAAGAGGGUUGGCGGAGCAUUUCAGAGUUGCCAUGAAAGAGAACAAAUUCUUUGAUAUUAUGGAUGCUCGAAUCACAGAUGGUUGCAAACCAGAACAAGUAAUGGCAGUAGCGAAUCUAGCAAAUAGAUGUCUGAAUUCAAAGGGAAAGAAGCGCCCAAAUAUGAGACGAGUGUUUACCGAGCUAGAGAAGAUCUGUUCAUCUCCAGAGGAUUCACUGGUUCAUCUUGAAAAUGACAAUGAUGUGGAUGAAGAGGAAGAAGGAAUUAAUACAGCAGACAUAGCUGACAUGUGGACCAUUGGUGCUACUGCUCCAGCCUCUAGUAUUGUUGCUUCGUCUUUCUCGUUAGAAGUUGAACCAUUACUUCCUCGCCCCACAUGGUGACUCAAAAAGGUGAGGCAAUUGUGAACAAAAUUGAUGGUCCUUUCAAAGGGUCUGGCUGAAGUUUGUGCUUGAGAUGUUGUUUGUCAAUAAUUACUUUCAUGUGAAUAAAUGAAUGUUUAAAUUUAGUGAAUCUGCUUACAUGAUUACAUCUACAUAUCCUCAUACACUGAUUUUAGUCUUAUAUGCCUUUGGAUCCUUUUAAAUGAGGCAAUCUCUCUCUCUGCAUGUUGAACAACAACCUUUUCUGAUAUUGUAACAAGAGAAUCAAGAAAAAACAGAAAGUCCCCCAGUUUAUCUUGAUUAAUAUAGAGAGAUCUAUGAGGUUUGCACAAGCACCUCUUAAACAUAGCUACUUUCUUGCUUCCUCUUCCACAUUAUAGCUAGAUGGAUCCACGUUUGUUUACAAAACAAUCUACUUAUAUAGAGUUGUUCCCUUUAGAUGUUCAGUAGGUACCUAACACAUGGCAAAAGUAACCAUACCAUAUCCACCGAUGCCGUGACCAACCUCUUCACAACUGUUCAGGAUUUACAUUUCCAUAUACUUGAACAUCCUCCCUUCUCAGAAUACGUCACUUUUAUAUAUCUUGAAGGUAAAAAUCACAACAACAGAGCAUAACUUACAAUUAAGUAUUGCUGCAUACCACAUAACAAAUAAGACUUGAACUAGCCUUGCAAAGAAGCCCCACAUACCAAAGAAAGCCAAUCUGGUUUAUCGAAGAUGGUACAUAAUUCCGCAAUCGAUAUUUAUAGACUAUAUAAGACAUGAUGGCUUGAGAAUUUAUAGAGAGUUCUUCAAGAAGGGAAACCUAAAAGAUAUACAGUAAGAUCUGCAGACAUAUCUGAUGUAUCACACUAAAGUAGGAGAACGUAAACCCACCUCAUUUAACUAAAAUGCAAUGAAAAAAUAUCACGAACGGCCAAGUCCCAACAAGCCAGGUUUUGACUAGUAGUACCCUUUCUUCUCUUUUACCCUCUUUUUCCAACAUGCGUAAGAUGAUCACUCUGACUCUGUUUCUGAAAAAAGUGAUUAACAGAUCAAACACCUCCACAGGUAAAGAAAACGUAAUCAUUCCCUUUCAUAGAGUCAUUAGAAUCUUUUCGAUGAUAGCACAUACAUACUAAAUAACACAAGUGAUGCUCAAGAUUGGUUUUGUGAUUCUCUUCCUGGUUUGCACUGAUGGCGCAUAUGCAGGAUAGUAAAGAGCA